ACAGGUGCCGAAUCCAGGCCGGGGACAAACGGUGGGUCACCUCACACGAGGAAUUCCCGCACGCACAUCAAUGCGCCGCGCCGGCGUGUGCGACUCGUCUCUCGCCGGCCUACAAAAGCCGACCUGAUCAAACACGCGCGCACCAACGCAGAGCAGCGUCCAUCCCGUUUCCAUUUCUCUAACCGAACGUCGUCAUGCUGGCCUCGAAGCUCCCCGACGCGACCAAGGGCCUCGGCGCCGGCGCCAUGGACGUUGAGGACGGGAGCGGCGGCGUUGGCGGCGGUAAGAAGGUGGCCGGCAGGUGGCCCGGGUUGGUCCAUUUCUUCUUCGUCCUCACCGUCGUCAUGUGCGCGCUCGUCUACGCCCCGCGCUUCCUGUCCCCCACUGUGCCCGUCGACUUCUUGCGCCCGCAACGGCCGUCGUCGUCCGGUAGAGCGGCCGGAGGACAGCUGCAAGGACGGGGCGAGGACGGUGGUCGUGGCAAUGUGGGCCGCGCGCUGGUUCUCGACAACCAGGUCAACUCCCCGUGCGCGUCGAUGGGCGGCCAUGGCAUCUGCUGCGACCGCUCCGACUUCAACACCGACGUCUGCUUCAUGGCCGGCGAUGUGCGCACGGACGCCGCGUCCCUCUCGUUCCUGCUCUUCCCGCCGCAACCGCCUAGCGGCACCGCCACCGCCAACGCCAACGCCACCGUCGCAGAGAAGGAGGAGCGGGUGCAGCCCUACACGCGCAAGUGGGAGAAGCAGCUGAUGGCGAAGAUCCACGAGGUCCGGCUCCGCGCGGCCCGGCCGGACGAGGCCGACGCGCACCGGUGCGACGUGCGCCACCACGCGCCGGCGCUGGUGAUGACGGCCGGCGGGUACACGGGGAACCUCUUCCACGCGUUCAACGACGGGUUCCUGCCGGCGUGGCUCACGGUGCAGCACCUGCGCCGCCGCGUGGUCCUCGCCGUGCUCGAGUACAACCCGUGGUGGGCUGGCACGUUCCGGGAGCUCGUGUCGGGGCUCUCAGACCACCUCGUGAUCGACCUCCUACGCGACAACCGCACGCACUGCUUCCCGGGCGCCAUCGUGGGGACCCGCUUCCACGGCACCCUCUCCGUCGAGCCAGCCAGGACGCGGGACAACCGGACCCUCGUCGACUUCCACGACUUCCUCGCCGGAGCCUACAAGGACGACAAGAGCACGCCGGAGCCCGAAAAGCAGCAGCCGCGGCGGCCGAGGCUGGGGCUGUACUCGCGCAAGGGGAACCGGAUGAUCGAGAACGAGGCGGCCGUGGCGCGUCUGGCAGAAUCCGUGGGGUUCAACGUGUCCAUCCUGGCGACGGCGAACGGGGCGCCGCUGUCGUCGGAGUACGCGGCGGUGAGCGCGUGCGACGUGCUGGUGGGCGUGCACGGGGCGGACCUGACCAAGCUUCUCUUCCUCCGGCCAGGCCACGCCGCGCUGCUGCAGGUGGCGCCGCUGGGCGUGCCGCACGUGGCGCGCGGGUGCUACGAGAAGGCGACGAACAUGAUGGGGAUACACUACGAGCAGUACGACGCGGCGGCGAACGAGAGCUCGCUGGUGCGCAAGUACGCCGCCGACGACGUGGUGCUGCGCGACCCGGAGGCGGCGACGCGCGAGCGCGGCUGGGACCUCACCGCGCACGUGUACCUCGGCGGCCAGAACGUGACCCUCGACCUCGGCCGGUUCGGCGACGUUCUGAGGAAACUGCACUCCCGCGCACUCCGGCUGCCGGCGGCAGGGCCGUAGCUCUGCUUGGUUGGUUGGCCGGAUACGCGCGCGCGUGCGUCGCCGGUAAAUGAACGACCGAUCGGUUGCCGACGAUCAAGCUUCUAACUGCUCCGGCGGCCGCGGCCGGGAUGCACGCGCGCUGCAUGACGUACCUGGUAGGGUGCUCGAUCGAUCGCAACCAUUUUCUUGGACUCUUGUUCGACAGCACAGACACCACAAUGGUUUUUGUUUUGUUUUAUUAAUUUGUUAUGUUUUGUAUGUGGACAAAAGAGCAUAUAAUCCGUGGAAUACCCCGUUGAUAAAACUUUGUUUUUGGUUUGUAUAGUCUGGUGAUGACAGACGGGACGGCAACGGCAUGCAUUGCUAGUGCUAGGCUAGAGCUGGCCGGUACGGUGCGGCGUGCCGCGUGCAUGCUACUACAUAUGGAACUAAAUGUUCCAUGCGUUAUGCCUAGCUCUGUCUUGAUAAGGACAGGGCAGCAGAUUUAAUGGCAUAAA